ACACACACACACACACAUAUAUACAUAGUCUUGCACUGUUCCCACUCUCUCAAACACAAACCUUUUUUCAUAUUCCACCCAUGGCAGACCCUUACUCCAAUUUCUUCUCACCACUAGGUAGUAAUUUCUUCCACUACCCUUCUCCAAGCCCUUCAUCCCAGCACCACCAUCCCUAUGCCCACAACUUCCUCAACCAAAAUGGUUCCAACAUCAUCAAUAACAACCACAACACCUUUUUCCACUUCCACAAUUUUCAAACCACUAUUUGUUCUUCUUUUUCUUCUUCUUCUUCGCCCCCUUCCCCUCCCUUGAGAGUAGCCCUUCCUCUUCUAACCCUCAGCCCAAAAAAUGAAGAGGAACAAGAAGAGGAUGAUGACCAAGAACAAGAUCAGGAUCACGAGAUUCUUCAGGACAAUUUUUGCACAGCCAUGGAUGUGGAAGAGAACUACAAUAACAACAGAACCCUUCUUCAUCACCUUCACCCCAAAGAGGAGGAACAAGAUCAAGAAGAUGGUCCUGAUGAAACUGUCACUGUUGCACUUCACAUUGGGUUGCCAAGCCCUAGUGCUGCUGAGAUCGCUUCUGUGCUUUCUUCAGCUUGUUCCACAGACCAAGAACAACAACAACAACAACAACAAGAUGGUAAUAAUAAUAAUAAUGGGAGUGAUGAUUUUUCUUCUUCAGGGUUCUUGUCUAACAGACUCAACAAGGGACAGUACUGGAUCCCUACACCUUCUCAGAUUCUCAUUGGUCCUACUCAGUUCUCUUGUCCUGUUUGUUGCAAAACCUUCAACAGAUACAACAACAUGCAGAUGCAUAUGUGGGGGCAUGGAUCACAGUACAGAAAAGGGCCUGAAUCUCUGAGGGGUACCCAACCAACAGGUAUGCUUAGGCUUCCAUGCUAUUGCUGUUCCCCAGGUUGCAGGAACAACAUUGAUCACCCAAGAGCAAAGCCCCUCAAAGACUUCAGAACCCUCCAAACACACUACAAGAGGAAGCAUGGGAUUAAGCCCUUCAUGUGCAGAAAAUGUGGCAAGGCCUUUGCCGUGAGAGGUGAUUGGAGAACACAUGAGAAGAACUGUGGCAAGCUUUGGUAUUGCAUCUGUGGCUCUGAUUUCAAGCACAAGAGGUCCCUUAAGGAUCACAUCAAAGCCUUUGGAAGUGGCCAUGCAGCUUAUGGGAUUGAUGGCUUUGAAGAAGAGGAAGAGCCUGCAUCUGAAGUAGAACAGGAUCGAUAAUAUUGACUGAAGGAAAAAAAUGGAACUGAACUGGUUUUAUUUUAAUUAUUAUUAUAUAUAUAAUGUCUCUAUUUGAAUUAUUAUCUUAUUAUUCUUAAAUCUUAGUUAAUUUGUGAACUAAUUAUUUGGUAUGACUACAUAUCCUUAAUUGGCUUCCCAUUUGAGAACUAUAUACAAUUAAUUAAGCACCAAGUUUAAUUAGAUGGAGGCCAAUCUUUUUUGUUCUUCUUUCUUCUCCUUUGUCUUUCUUUUCUUUUUGUUGGAAUUGACAAGCUGGUUAAAAUCCAGGUGUAAAUCCAACUUCAUUUUUAGUUUUUUCUCAUGUAUAAGAUCUCCUGUCUCUUUGAUAUAUUUAGUUGCUUAAGGCAUUGCAGACAAUGAUGAUUACAUUGUCUAUGCUUUUGGCAAA